AUGGAUUCUAAACGUGAUGUUGAGCAAGACGCAGGAGAUGCCAAUUCUCCAUGUUCAGAAAGUUCACAGUCUCCUGAACUGGACCGCAACCCAUCCCCACCACCAGCUGAUGAAGAGGAAGGUGAUGAUGUGGACGCCAUUGGUGACACUGUGUACAGCAAGCAUUGGCUUUUCAGCACUCUAACUCGCCUUAUUCAGAUGGUCACGAAACAUGCAGAAGAAUCCUCUGAUGGACCAAUGGAUCUCUCCAAUGACGAUGAGGAAGAUUUGUGCAGGGUCUGGGACAUGGCUAUGGAUAAGGACGUGGCUGGAUUCCUGCAGGAAUUCAAAGCAACAGAUAUUCUACUUGGAGUUAUAGCCAAAUCCCAAUGUCCACGUCUCACAGAAAUUUGUGUGGGAAUCCUUGGGAAUAUUGCUUGUUUUCCUGAAACAUCUUUAGCUCUCAGCCAAAACGACGACCUGGGGGAUGUACUAUUACUCCUUCUUGGUGACACAGACCCACCAACCCUUCUGGAAACAUGCAGGUUACUAUUGACUUGUGUCUCCCAGAAAGACGUUUGUUCCUUGUGGCUUAAACGAUUGAAACAGCAGCCAUCUGUUUGCUCCAACAUUUGCUUCAUCAUCAGCAGUUCUACAAAUGCUGACCUUUUAGAGAAGGUUGGGGAGCUGGUGGACAAAAUGUUUGAUCUUGACGAAGACCUGAUGAGAUCUUGGGUCACCCCUAAAGAUGACCCAGAGGCAGCAGAUGGAGACAGCUGCGUGGAUGUGGCCUUCUGUCUCCUGGAAGCCGCAAAACAGCUCAGAUCUGAAAGUUUGAACGGAUUAGAGAUCUAUCUGCAUAUUUUUCAACUCCUGACGACUAUAUCUGAGGGCAUCCGGAUUUUGAGAGCUGCAGAUGGGCCUGGAAAAUCAAUAUGGGACUUUGUUUGCGAAGUUGUCUGUGAGGAUCUUUGUCAGACAGAUGAUCUUCCAGUCGUCGUACAGGAGCAAAGAGGCAUUUUGGUCCAGGCCUUCGCGGUGCUUCAGGCUCUCUAUAAAUGCCAGGAUCAGUGGAGCAGUAAAGGGGACACGAGCUUGAGUCUUAUCGGGGCAGUUUUACGAGUACUGCACUUCCAUAGCGAGUACAAAGAUUCGUGUAAGGAGGAAGAGUAUUCAGAAAAUGAACAACUUCAGACACUGGCUGAAGUUUCAACCGCUUUUUUGUCUGACCUCUCUCCUGAGAUUUCAAAAAAAACCAUGGCAGAUUUGAUAAGAGGAGGCUACCUGACGGAAAAGACGUGUCUGGCAGCUGCAGGAUGUUUGCACACGUUGUUUGCCACCGCUUUCGAGCACCUGUCCCUGCUGCUCUCGGAGGUUGAUCCUGGACUAGCAGGCAAGCUCAAAAAACAGUUUCCUGUUUGA